AUGAGCGCAGAUAAGGAAUGUGGAAUACAACACUUGAACGUAAGAGGACGUGCCCCUGACGCCAUGAGCGCGGACCUGAACUUGACCUCCCUCUUAAACGUGACGGAGCUGCACAACCACAGCAGGGGAGGAUGUUCGCUCACCAAGACGGGCUUCCAGUUCUACUACCUGCCCACCGUUUACAUCAUGGUCUUCAUCACGGGGCUGGUGGGCAACAGCUUGGCCAUAUGGAUGUUUGUGUGCCAUAUGAGACCCUGGAGCAGCAUCUCAGUAUACAUGUUCAACCUAGCUCUGGCUGACUUCUGUUAUGUGCUCUCCUUACCUUUCCUCAUCUUCUACUACUUCAAUAAAACUGACUGGAUAUUCGGGGAUGUCCUUUGUAGACUGCAGCGCUUUAUAUUCCACGUGAAUCUAUACGGGAGCAUUCUUUUCCUCACCUGCAUCAGUGUGCACAGGUACACCGGCGUGGUCCAUCCGCUCAAGUCCUUAGGUCGGUUAAAGAAGAAAAACGCGGUCAUAACCAGCGCGUUAGUUUGGGUUGUAGUGAUUCUCGCCAUAUCCCCCAUUCUCUAUUACUCCAGAACUGGCUUGAAACGCAACGCCACCACCUGCUACGACACCACGACUGAAGACGAGCUUCCCGGCUAUUUCAUCUACAGCAUGACGUUGACUGUGUUCGGCUUCGUUAUUCCCUUUAUAAUAAUCUUCUGCUGCUACGGAAUGAUCGUCAAAGCCUUAAUCUGCAACGAUAUGAACAACGCGCCGCUCCGACAGAAAUCCAUCCACCUCGUCAUCAUCGUUCUGGCCGUGUUCGCCGUGUCUUAUUUGCCGUUCCAUGUGAUGAAGAAUCUCAACAUGAGGGCGCGGCUGUAUUUCCAGAGCCCGGACAUGUGCGAGUUCAAUAACCGCGUCUACGCCACGUACCAGGUGACGCGUGGGCUCGCCAGUCUCAACAGCUGCGUGGAUCCUGUCCUGUACUUCCUGGCGGGAGAUACGUUCAGGAGGAAAUUGUCUCGCGCCACGAAAAAGCCCUCGAGGAAAGGGGACCAUGUGCUGCAGUCCCGGAGCGAUGAUACGGCCCUGCACAGCUUGGCGGAGUACGUUGAGAAUAACGGAGAGCGCAAACUUUAG